AUAUAGCUACGUCAGUGGUCUUCCUCCUCCAGUCCAGUUUGAGGAGAUUGCUACCUGUCUUCCUGUCUGUCAGUAUGUCAUCCAGGAGAGAACAGAGUUCCAGGUCUCUCCUAUUUGGCUUGCUGCUUGUGCUGCUCUGUGAGGUGUUCUCGUUUGCACACGCAAGCAAGAGUUUUGAAGACGUGCGCUGCAAGUGUAUCUGUCCACCCUACAGGAACAUCACUGGACACAUCUACAGCAGGAAUGUCUCCCAGAAAGAUUGUAAGUGCCUCCAUGUAGUGGAGCCCAUGCCAGUGCCAGGCCAUGAUGUGGAGGCCUACUGUCUGCUGUGUGAGUGCAAGUAUGAGGAACGCAGCAGCAACACCAUCAAGGUACACCUGACCCUUUACAAUGACACACAGAGUAGAUUUCAACUGAUAUUACCUGGUCAAAAGUGACAAGUUUUAAUGCUAAAGAUACAUUGGUGUAGGGAGGAGUAUGAUAUUCAACAAGUUACAUCAUUAGUAACGGAACAGAUUGUACCACGGUAAUAUCACGGUACCAAUACGUCAUGAUACUUAUUAACAUUUUAGAAUACUGUAGUACCGUUUCAUAUGAUACUACCACAUCUUUCAGCACUUUGAUUUAUUCAGACUUUGAGUGCCACAGAGGGAAAAUCUACCUUUUUUCAAUCUGUCGCGGAUUUUAUAUAAUUUAACAAACCAUGUCGCGGGCUGUUUUAAACUAAUCCCGGGCCACUAAUUAUUGGUUUGAUAACAAACAACCUUGUUCAGUCGUGUGUUUCAGAUUAUAUUUUGCCCAAUAGGAAAUGAAUGGUGAAUAAUGUAUAUUGUAAUUUUGG